AUGGCAGACUUUGAUUACCUGUCGAACAAUUUCAAAGCAUAUGCUGAGCAAAAGUUAAACAGCCUAGAAAGUGAAUUUACCAGUUCAACUGUACGGGACUCCGACAUCGACGCUUUAGAAAGAGCUCUGAAGCAGAAAGUGGAGAAUACAAAACAGGAUUUGAGCGAUCGGAUCGAUGAAGUUCAAAAUACAAUCACCAAUCGACGACCACAUCCAUCAGAUCCUGAUUAUGCAAGAAAGCGGGCACAAUACGUCGAGCUGCUAAGUCAAUCUGUGAACGGUAUGGAUCUCCUCAAAGCCUGGCUACAGAACAUUUUCAAUCAAUUGAAACAAAUCGUCAUGUCAAUUAUCGGGUGGAUUGCAAAUAAAAUUAUUGGUCUUGCUCGCCGAAUAAAAGACGCUUUCCAAAGUCUGUUACAAAUAUUCUUUUGA